AUGCUGGUAGUAGUGGGGACUAGCCGAUCCAAACGCCCCUACAAAAAGGUGGGCAUUGAGUGGAAGUGGUGGUGGAUUACUGGGACAAACCCGCUUCCCAAGCAAAAUACUCGCCUGCGUGCUAGAGGCGCCACCCCAUCUAUAUCUCCCUCGCCCUUUUAUGACGAAGAUGAAAUAGAGAAUGUGGCGGCUACAUUGGAUGAGUCAGGAAGCCGAAAGGACCAGACUCUAGUCAAGAAAUUGUGCCUUGAACGGGACAAUUACCGUUGUAUGGCUACCGGGAUCAUUGAUAGCGAUGCAGGAACACAGGAGAACCCUGGGCCAAAGGCACCCACAAACCUCUGUCAUAUUAUCCCAUUCUCCUUGGGCAAAUGGAACAAGUCAACUGAACACCAAAUCGCCCAAGUUUGGGCCACAUUGAAGAAAUUAUUCCCCGCUAUUGGGCUUGAACCAGGGGAAGUCAACGAUCCAAAGAAUUUGAUGACAUUGUGGGAUAGCGCACACUCAGCCUUUGCAGCCUUUUCUCUAGCGUUCGAGCCGACGAGCGAGCCAAACCAGUACAGGAUGCUUAUUCUAGGCGAAUGGCAUACUGUCUUACUUCUCCACCUCCCGGCGCCUCAGGGCGGUCCGAAUGGACCUCGGCUUGUUACCUUCGAAAGGCAUGGUGGUACUGCCAUCGAUCUCCCAAGCCCUGCACUUCUUCAGAUGCACGCUGCACUUGCAAAGGUACUGCACGCACCGGGAAUGGCGAAAUAUAUGGAGGACCUUGUGAGAGAUGGAAACGAGAUUGGAUGUCUUGCACCAAGUGAUUUCAAAGAACAAACCCUUCUAUCUCAUAUAAAUUGUCUAGCAGAGCGCGGCUUUGCUGUUACACUUCAAAUCCUUGCAAAUUUAGUUGAAGAGAUUGUCAAAUCAUCAGUUGGGCAUAACUGGGUGCAACGCUUCUGUCAACGGCAUAAGGAUCAAAUCCGGAGUGUUUAUUUACGAGCGAUUGAUCAUUCAAGAAAGACUGCAGAUAACUCUCUGCAGGAGAAGAUUGCGAAAUAUAAGAUUGAAUGUUCAAAUAUCUACAACUUUGAUGAAAAAGGUUUCUUAUUAGGCCUUUUACAAGUUGUCAAGCGAAUUGUUUCAAUCGAAUCCCUCAAAUCCAAACGCAAUAAGGGUGUAUCUCAAGAUGGAAGUAGAGAAUUCAUCUCACUACUUGCAGCCAUCUGCAUGGAUGGAACAGCUCUACCACCUGCUCUUAUAUAUAAAGGAGAAUCACGCGAUAUGCAAGACACCUGGUUGGAGGAUUUUGAUGAUGAAAAGGAUAAAGCAUACUUUGCUGCCUCUGAGAAUGGGUGGAGUAAUGAUGAAUAUGAGCUUAUUUGGCUGCAGCAAGUGUUCAAUCCUCUUACAAAAGCAAAAGCAGGCCGCAGCUGGCGAUUACUUAUAUUGAAUGAUCAUUCUUCUCAUAUCAACAUAAAAUUCAUCAGCUAUGCGGAUCAAAAUCGAAUACUACUGACAGUUCUUCCUCCUCACUCCACCCACCGUUUACAACCGCUGGAUCUGGUGAUAUUUAGACCUUUGGCAAAAGCUUAUUCAAAUGAGCUAAAUGAGAAUAUACGGACUGGAUUGGGCCUCAUUCGCACUACAAAAAGAGAUUUUUGUCAGUUAUUGAAAAAGGUGUGGGAAAUUGCUGUUAUACCUUCUAAUAUUGAGAUUGCAUUUGCUGCUGCUGGCAUCUCACCUUUCAACCCCGAACGUGUGCUUGCAAAGAUUGUACGGCUCAAGACUCCGCCAGAGCUUCUAGGACUCAAAACUCCUACAUCUAUUGGUGGAAUGAGGAAUCUGAUGAAGGAGAUAAAUCAACAACAACAUCGAGUUUCUCUUGACAUCCGCCGGGCACUACAUGCCUCUGAAAAAUUCGCUCUUGACAGAGAACUUCUUCUAAUAGAAAAUCGAAAUCUCCAGCAAGCCCUCAAUCGCGAGAGAAAGCGACGUAAACGUGGAAAGGCAAUGGGAUUGCUAGAUUCAUCAAAUCCCUGUCAGGCUCAAUUCUUUUCUCCAACCCAGGUCAGAGCCGCCCGCGAGCAAGCCGCUGCGGCAGAAGCUCUCAAAAUUGAUUCCCAAGCUCGUCGGCAGGAGGCACAACUACAACGUACAAUUCUUCGUGAAAAAAAAAAUGCAGAAGCUGCCAAACGGAAGAAUGAACGUCAAAAGGCUCGUGAGGAGGCCGCCAGGCAGCGUGAGAAAGCCAAAGAGGCCGCAGCAGUCAAACGCCAGAUUGAAAAGGAGCAGUGA